UAUCACCCUGACACUUCCCUCAGGGAGCAGAGCUAAGAUGCUUAAUGCUAUAAUGGAUGCCAUGCAAGGUUUUGGGGUGAGCACAACCCACUACCUACAGACCAACUACAAGGAUGCCCAGGGCUUGUUUCUCUGGGUCUCCUGGGCAGCAGACCUAAGGAACACCUUCUUCAUUUUCUUUCCCCUUUGGUUUCACCUACGGGCUUCGGUGGGCAUCAAACUCAUCUGGGUGGCUGUGAUUGGAGACUGGCUCAACCUAGUAUUCAAGUGGAUUCUGUUUGGCGAGAGACCUUACUGGUGGGUCCAUGAGGCAGCUUACUACGCAAACACUGUCGCUCCUCACAUUGAGCAGUACCCCAUGACCUGCGAGACUGGGCCAGGCAGCCCGUCUGGCCACGCUAUGGGAGCUGCCGGAGUCUAUUACACCCUGGUAACCUCCAUCCUGGCUAUCAUGACCAGCAAGAGGAAAAACAGCAACAAAAAAUCCACCAACAACAGAUGGUAUUUGAAGGCGAUUCUAUGGACUGUAUUCUGGGCAGUCCAGGUUUGUGUCUGUCUGUCUAGGGUCUUCAUUGCUGCCCACUUCCCCCACCAGGUCAUUGCUGGAGUCAUCACAGGCAUGAUCGUGGGUGAGGCCUUCAACAGGACUCAGUGGAUCUACAAUGCCAGCAUGAACAAGUACUUCUACACCACCCUCUUCCUGACCUCCUUUGCUGUUGGCUUUUACCUGCUGCUGAAGGCUGUGGGUGUGGACCUGCUGUGGACCCUGGAGAAAGCCCAAAAAUGGUGUGUUAGGGCAGAGUGGGUUCACCUGGACACCACCCCCUUUGCCAGCCUCCUGCGUAACAUGGGCACGCUCUUCGGCCUGGGCCUGGGCCUACACUCGCCCCUCUACACCGAGUCCAAGAAGAGCAGCAGCACCCUAGUUAAGGCAGGGUGCAUUGUCAGCUCUCUGCUUCUGCUGCACCUGUUUGACUCCUUCAAGCCCCCCACGCACACUGCAGCCCUUUUCUACCUGCUGUCCUUCUGCAAAAGUGCCACCGUUCCCCUGGUCACCAUCAGCAUCAUCCCAUACUGUGUCAAUGGAGCUCUGAGCCUACAGAACAAGAAAAGCCUGUGAGCCACCCACUCAGAUUGAUUUAAAGACUGAUGAAGCAGGAACUUAAUAGAUUUCAGAACUUUUGCAUGGGUAGGUGCUUUCUUACUUACAUAUGACCAUCAACUGAUCAUCAGAAAAUAGCAUGGAAAUUGUCACUGGUAUCAUUUGGCCACCUUGUGCAGAUGUUGGGGAAUCUUGAUAGUUCUGAACACUAUGGGACAAUAAGUAAAAGCACCGUCUAGCGUACCCAGUGGCACUUAUCUGUUAAAACGUAUUGAAACAAUGAUACAUUAGAACUGGUUUAAAAUCCAGAAUCAGGACUGGAUCAAGGCAGGAGCCUAUCAAGAGAAUGUGUCUUUGGAGUUGCAAUGUCAAACCUCAAUGUAAAGAGAACAGUUUCACUCAGGACUUCCAUGUAUUAUUUCAGCUGUAUUAUUGGUGUAUUUUUUUAAUGUUAUUUUUUCUUUACAAAGUAUUUUUGAAGUUCUGUCGUUUUUUUAAU